GUGAUCAACGGCAAAAAAAAUUAAAUAAAUUCCCGGAAAAGGCGAAAUUGCCCAGGCGAGUGUGUGCGAUGGCAGCUCAUGCGGUGGAGGCAACCGCCGCAACUGCUCUCCGGUCUGUCAUUCUGAGGGCUCGAAAGGCGGCGGAGCAAGUAGGAAGAGAUCCGGAGCGGGUCAGGGUCCUUGCUGUCUCCAAGACUAAACCCGUCUCACUUAUCCGCCAAAUCUACGACGCCGGCCACCGCUGCUUCGGCGAGAAUUACGUCCAGGAAAUCAUCGAUAAAGCUCCACAGCUUCCCGGAGAUAUAGAGUGGCAUUUCGUUGGGCAUUUACAGAGCAACAAAGCCAAAACGCUAUUGACUGGAGUCCCUAACUUGGCAAUGGUUCAUGGUGUAGAUGGCGAAAAGGUAGCAAAUCAUCUAGAUCGAGCUGUUUCAAACCUUGGGAGACAUCCACUAAAGGUUUUGGUUCAAGUGAACACAAGCGGAGAAGUGUCUAAAUCUGGAAUCGAACCUUCCAGUGUUGUAGAGCUAGCAAGACAUGUGAAACUACACUGUCCAAACCUGGUAUUCUCCGGAUUAAUGACUAUUGGGAUGCCUGACUAUACGUCUACUCCUGAGAACUUCAGGACACUUUCAAAUUGUAAAGCUGAUGUGUGCAAGGCACUAGGAAUGGCUGAGGAUCAGUUUGAACUGUCCAUGGGCAUGUCGGGUGACUUCGAGCAAGCGAUUGAAAUGGGAAGCACCAAUGUGAGGAUUGGUUCCACCAUAUUCGGACCAAGAGAGUACCCCAAAAAAACAACGUAGCUACUAUCACUCAAAACACUUCUUGUAAGAUUAUGUAUAAUGUUAUAGUUGUCGACCACUAGAAGUAUAUGUAUUCUUUUUGUGAUAAGCUAUUGAAUGUGUAUUCACAAUAUACUACUACAUUACAGAAAUCAACACAUUUGGUCGUUAAGAGUUAAAGAGCUUUCCGUGUUAAA